AUGGAUGCACAACAUAGAAGGCAUUGCAACAAGUCCCAAAUGGCACUAGAAAACCAAGGUAUACGUCCCCUCCGAAUCAUUGAAGGCAGACAUGAUAACAAGUCUGUUGAAUUUCAGCCAAAUUGCUCUGGGACACAAGAAUAUGUUAAUGAAGUGUCUCGGGACAAUGUGCCAACGUUCAAAUGGCUAGAGACUGUGAAGGAUGAGAAAGACGGCGAAACUCUGCACCAGGUUUUGGUAAUAAACGAGAUUAGAAAGCAGAUAAACGCCGUCAAAUUGAUGUUGGGUUCCAUGGAAGAUGGAGAGAUAAGCAUAUCAGCUUAUGACACGGCAUGGGUUGCUCUCAUAAAAAAUGUUGAUGAUGAAAAUGCACCUCAAUUUCCGACAUGUCUUGAAUGGAUUGCAAAUAAUCAGCUUCCUGAUGGCUCAUGGGGAGACAGUGAAUUAUUCAUAGCCUAUGAUCGGAUUCUCAACACGUUAGCUUGUGUUAUCGCAUUAAGAUCAUGGAAUGUGCACCCUGAAAAGUGUGACAAGGGAAUGACAUUUUUUAUGGAAAAUCUAUACAAGCUUCAGGAUGAAAAUUAUGAGCAUAUGCCAAUUGGGUUUGAAGUUGCUUUCCCUUCUCUUCUCGAUAUAGCUCGAAGUUUGAAUAUUGAAGUGCCAGAUGAUUCUCCUAUCUUGAAAAACAUCUUUGCAAUGAGAGACAUAAAGCUCACAAAAAUACCCAAAGAGGUGAUGCAUAAGGUGCCCACAACACUGCUCCAUAGUUUGGAGGGAAUGCCGAAUUUGGAGUGGAAGCAACUUCUAAAGCUGCAGUCCCAAGACGGGUCAUUUUUGUUCUCUCCAUCCUCCACAGCCUUCGGCUUCAUCCGGACCCAAGAUGAAAAUGCACUCCAAUACCUCGAAAAAACAGUUAAGAGGUUCAAUGGUGGAGUUCCAAAUGUGUACCCGGUGGAUCUGUUUGAACACAUCUGGGUUGUUGAUCGGCUGGAACGCCUUGGAAUUUCGAGAUAUUUUCAGCAAGAGAUCAAGGACUGUACGAGUUAUGUUUCAAGAUAUUGGACUGAGAAGGGUAUUUGCUGGGCAAAGAAUUCAGAGGUUCAAGACAUAGAUGACACAGCAAUGGGAUUUAGACUGCUAAGGUUGCAUGGCCACCAAGUUUCACCUAAUGUGUUCAAGCAGUUUGAGAAAAGUGGUGAAUUCUUCUGCUUCUCUGGGCAGUCAAGCCAAGCAGUGACAGGAAUGUUUAAUCUUUAUAGAGCUUCUCAAGUGCUAUUUCCAGGAGAGAAGAUUCUUGAGGAUGCCAAGUACUUCUCAGCCAAAUUUUUAACUGAGAAACGUGCUGCUAAUGAGCUCCUUGAUAAAUGGAUCGUAACUAAAGAUUUACCUGGCGAGGUGGGUUACGCGCUGGACGUGCCCUGGUAUGCAAGCUUACCUCGAUUGGAGACAAGAUUUUACAUUGAACAAUAUGGUGGUGGGAGUGAUGUUUGGAUUGGCAAGACCCUUUACAGGAUGCCGUAUGUGAAUAAUGAUGUUUAUCUCGAGCUUGCAAAAUUGGAUUACAACAACUGUCAAGCAGUACAUUCUACAGAAUGGGAAAAAAUCCAAAGGUGGUACUCGGAAUCAGGAAUAGAGGGGUUUGGAUUGAGUAAAGGAAAUCUCCUGUUUGCUUAUUUUUUGGCAGCAGCCACUAUAUUUGAGCCUGAGAGGUCUCUAGAGCGACUUGCACGGACUAAAACAGCAGCUUUGCUCGAGACACUGAGGUCCUAUAUCAAGGAUGAACAAACUAAGAGUGCAUUUGUAGAUAAGUUCAAUAACAGCAUUAUCAGACGAGACAACUCAAACAACAGGUGGUUUAACAAGAGCAAGAGAGAGGAGGAACUCCUGGGGAUUUUGCUGAUAACCAUUGAUCACCUUGGGUUUGAAAUGUUUCGGGUUCAUGGUCAGGAAAUUUCCCAUUAUUUGAAUCAAAUAUGGCAAAGCUGGUUGACAAGUUGGCAAAAUGAAGGAAGGAGCUCAAAAAGAGAAGCAGCGCUGCUUGUGGAAAUCAUAAAUUUAACGUCGGGUUGUUGGUCAGAAGAACUACAGUUCAAUCCUCAGUACCAGAGAUUGUUAGAAGUUGCAAACAGAGUCUGCCAUGGAAUCCGUAAUUUUCAAAGCAAAAAGGCAAAUGACAGUGGCUGCGGCAACCUGAGUACAACCAGCAUCACCACCUCCAAAAUAGAAUCAGAAAUGCAAGAACUUGUACAAUUGGUGCUCCAAAAUUCCUCACAUGGUAUGCACUCCAAUAUCAAGAAUUCAUUCCUCAUGGUGGCCAAGAGCUUCUACUAUGCAGCAUAUUGUGACCCAGAGACCAUUAACUCUCAUAUUGACAAAGUUCUCUUUCAAAAAGUGAUAUAA